CUGGCAGUCAGCGGAGAGGAGGGAGAUGACUGUUGUUGAAAUGAGAAGCGUCUGAGGCUGGCAGGGUUGAGAGGGGCUGGGCUGAUGACAGCAUCCUCCGCCGCUCAGUGGCUCCACACCUGACUGACUCCAUCAGAUGCACAGAUGAUGGAGCUCUCUGCGCUGCUGCCGGGUUAUCCUGUUGCCACCAUUUCGCACGUCCACUGGCCGACACAUGUUCUACCAAUGCCGUGAUAACUACACUUGAACUGUUUUGGUUUUGCAGGAGUUUCCGGUUUUUAUUUUUACGCGUGAUCCUUCAGUGGAUGGUGUGUUCGCCUUUUUUACAUAUUGUGAAUGCUGAGUGGUCGGAUCGAGGUGGUCUUUGUUUUCCUGGAAAAGCGAGCAGGAGUGGACUGAUGCUGCGUCGCUGGUAAACACCAGAAAUGGGUGCCAUCGAACCAAGGUUGCCAGUCGCGGUUCAUUCUUGGACCAGAUUUGCCUUCUUCUUAUGAUAAAACAUCUGCCCUAUCCAGGUGUUAAACAUCUACAAGUUGCUACACUGAACAGGCUUCAGUCAAGCAAACAAAUGGUCCAAUCAAUAGCCUUUGGACAGAGUCUGCCAUAGGGAGGAUAUCAAUAACACGCUAAUACACCUGACACACACACACGCACACACGCACACAGGCCAUGGCGUUGGAGAACUCAGUCUUCCCCACCCGCCCAGACUCUCUCUCACUCCCUGUGGAGGAGAAGGGGGAAGGGGAAGAAGUGGAGGUGGCCACCGAGGCCACCGCCUCCACCGGAGUCUUCAACCUAUCUGAGGAGCUAGGCCAUGUCGUCACCACAGAGACGGCGCCGCCGUGUCCGCCCCUUGCCAAGGUCGGCAGGUCGUUCCAGGCAAAGCUGGCAGAGCGGGAGGCCACAGCCAAUCAGACCAGGAAGAAGACCCAGGGGACGGAGAAAGAGAGGGGACGAUUUGGGUGGGCCCGGACACGGCGUAAGAGACAGCGCUACGUGGAGAAGAACGGUCGCUGCAAUGUGCAGCACGGCAACAUGCGGGAGACUUACCGCUACCUGACUGACAUCUUCACCACGCUGGUGGACCUCAACUGGCGCUGCUCCCUCUUCGUCUUCGUCAUGGCCUACGCCGUCACGUGGCUCUUCUUCGGGGCCAUCUGGUACCUCAUAGCCUACUGUAGGGGUGAUCUGGACCAUCUGGAGGAUGAGACGUGGACGCCGUGCGUCAACAAUGUCAAUGGCUUCAUCUCGGCCUUCCUCUUCUCCAUCGAGACAGAGACCACCAUUGGCUACGGCCACCGCGUCAUCACUGACCAGUGUCCAGUGGGCACCAUGCUGCUGCUGCUGCAGGCUAUACUGGGCUCGAUGGUCAACGCCUUUAUGGUCGGCUGUAUGUUUGUGAAGAUCUCACAGCCCAACAAACGGGCGGAGACACUGGUGUUCUCUAAACACGCCGUCAUCUCCCUGAGAGACGACAAGCUCUGUCUGAUGUUCAGGGUGGGCGACCUUCGGAGCUCCCAUAUAGUAGGGGCCAACAUGAGGGCCAAGCUCAUCAAGUCCAAACAGACUCAGGAGGGUGAGUUCAUCCCCCUGGACCAGACAGACAUCAGCGUGGGCUUCGAGACGGGCGACGAUCGUCUCUUCCUGGUCUCCCCACUGGUGAUCUCCCACGAGAUCGACUCACAUUCACCCUUCUGGGACAUGUCGCAGUCCCAGCUGGAGAAGGAGGACUUUGAGAUCGUGGUCAUCCUGGAGGGGAUGGUGGAGGCAACCGGGAUGACGUGCCAGGCGAGGAGCUCCUAUCUCGCGGAGGAGGUGAUGUGGGGUCACAGGUUUAGCCCAAUGAUGUCGCUGGCAGAGGGUUUCUUUGACGUCGACUAUGGAGCCUUUCAUCACACGUUUGAGGUGGACACGCCCUCCUGCUCAGCACGAGAGCUCUCACUGGCUGCAGCCAGACUCGACGCUCACCUCUAUUGGUCCAUCUCCAGCAGGCUGGAUGAAGAGCCCACCCUGACCAAUCAGACGGCCAAGCAGCCGGACAGCGGCUCGGCCAACAGCAAAGGAGGGGAGCCAACCUUCAUCGUGGGAGAGAUGACGGACAUCCAGGAGCAAACAGGACUGGGCGAGCUGAACGGCAGCGUCGCCACCGACCAAUCCGAAUCAGAGGCCUAGAACAGAGAAUGUUUACAAAGACCUUAAGUAUAUCACCACGUCACCACAAUUAGUGUUUGCAUAUCUUUUCUUUCACGGCAAAUGAGUAGUUUCAUUAGGGCCAGUUCUACAGUAUAUGCCAUAUCUUAUGUUGCCAUAUGGAAGAGUUUAUUUCUUGAUAUUUUUUUGUCUUUUAUUUCUAUGUUGAUCUUUGUUAAAAGUGUACUGUAUGUGUGCUAUCUUUUUUGUUUUUUUUAUCUGUUGUGUUAGCUCCAAUCACCCUUGCCUAUAUCUACAUUUAAAUGACAAUACUAUGCUUUAGGUGGGGUCAACAAUAGUAUAUCCUGUGGACCAAAGCAGAAUGUUGCAAAGAGAUGACAAGUUGGUUGUUUGUGCAGAGUCACGUGUGUGGAUUGUUCACAUUUAAAAUAGGUACAGUGCAUAGACGCUUUAUUUUCACCUGCGCAUGAAUAUCACUAGAUGAUAUUGAGGUAUAGACUGAAAUUGUAGUAACCUCAAAUUUCUUUAGAAAUGCAAAGAAGAAGAAGAAGGUUUAUUGUUCAUCAAUCAGGUGUUAACAGGGUGGGAAAGUAACACCAGCCCACAGCCGCUGGUAUAUUUGUAUACUCUGCUACAAACGUCAUUUGGCAACAAACCAUCAUGUGGUGCUAAGAAAUGUUUGAAAUAUCUAUUUGGCUGCCAGAAGAUUCUAAAAGUGGCCAGUGAACCACAGAACGUGGACAACAAAGCUGGUUUCCUGCCCUGGGUGAUUUCUUAUCUUCUGUAGGCACAGAGUAUUCUGUUUGUUUAAGAGUAACUUAAAAAUAGAAGAAAGAAAAUUUUGGCUUUGUAUGUUUCUGCAAACCAUGGACACAUUACAUUUUUACGUUCCAUUGUUAGCACAUGGUAUAUGAGCUGACUUUGUCAUCUGGAGGUAGUGGGGAUGGUGGAGGGGGUGUCACCUAGGACGAGAUGCUUGCCAAGAUGCAGACCACUGUUCAAGACCACAAACAGCAAAACUGGUUGUUUUUAGUCAUUGCUGCAUUUCCAGCAGCACCCACCAAACAUGGGUGUGUUCCAGCUUGGAUAGUGCCACCUAACCACACCACUGAAACUUAAAGAAACGUCAAGUUUUGACACACAUGACGUCUGCUACAUAAUAAUAUACAAAUGUAAUGUAUCCCUGAUUUGCAGAAACGUACAAUACCAACACUUAUUCUGGCGAUUGUGUUGCUUAACAUCAGGCUGAAAAGCAGUGUUUUGCUGCCCUUUCUGGUUAAAAGUUUCAAGACUAUUUAACCUCUGACCACGCCCAACAGUGAUGUCACUCAGUCCUGUAGUACACCUGUACAUCGCUGCUGUAAGGUAAGAAGUUAAACUGCUGGAGGUCAGCAAAAACAAGACUUAAGGUACUCUUUAAUAACACCGGUUUGACUUUGCUGACAUUCCUAUCUGCACUUUCACAUUAUGGUGACUAGGGGAUCUAUCUAAAACCUUUAACAUAGAGACAGGUUAUCACUCGAGUGUGUCUGUGGCUUCGUUUCACAUACGAUGUGUGUAGCACAUGGAUUAUCUUUUGUUCCCAGCCAAGUAGAAAUUAAAAAGCACAACAGUGUCCUGCUCAGUUAAGCCCAAACUCCUGCUUCUGCUGCUGUGUAUAUAUGUGGCCAUUUUUACUUGAUGUUUUUAAUAUGUAAUAUAACACAUCAAUUAGAAUUAAUAAACUGCAGUAUAUUCCAGAACAGCUGUCUCAGAUUGUGUGAUAUUCUGUGAUGGGGCCACGUACAUAAAGCACACUAUAUGUACAUACAGCGCAUACUGAAGCACUGAAACUGCUGAGUUGAGCGACAUUACAUGUUCGAGAUCUGAUGUGAUAAAUGUGUCAGGAUAAGGAGAAUAGGCUUCCUACUAAAUCAUAUCACUGAACAUGGUUUAGAAUGUAAAUGUAACAUACAGCAAAACACAUUUGUCUUCACUUAGAAUACUACAAUGUGAAAUGUUGAAAUGAAACCAGGUACAUCUAAUUAAGUACUGUGUUUCUGUUAAAUGCUUCUACCUCAUUAGAAUUCAGAGGGAAGCACUGUCAUUUUUAUUUCACUAUAUUUAUUUGAAAGCAAUAGUUAGUUUGCAGAAUUGCAUCAUAAAAGUGGGGCUUACAGGGAACCAAUCUAAAUGCCGAUGAUGUGAUUAUUCUAUAGCCAUUACAUUGUGCAAUCAACAUUUACAUGUACUUCAUAAUGAUAAACUCAAGCAAAAAAGCAGCAAUAACACAAUAGAAAAAUACUUUGUUAUGCGCAUAAGUCCUGCAUUCAAACUACCGAGGUUUUGGCAACAAAACGUACCUGAAGUAUCAAACGUAGAAGUAGUAUUUUCUCUUGAAUGACCCCUGUCAGUGUUAUAAUAUUAUAUUACAGGGUAUUGAUGCAUUUAUAUAUAAGCACGAUCCUAAUACUGUAGUUUGUGGAGCUAAUUUUAACUACUUAACACUGUGUACAGCUUUUAGAUACAGCUGGGUAGUUCAUUCUAAAAUAGGGGUGUGAAACACACAGCCCGCAGGCCAGAACCAGCCCGCCCAAGGGUCCAUUCUGGCCCACAAGAUGACUAGACUAUGAGGUGCCAGGUUUCAGGAGCAAAUUAAACAAUGUGUUGCCUAAUUCAUGUAAAAUUCUGCUUCAGAGGCUUUUCCACCCUGACCAGACUACGGCUCUCUGAUGUAACAAUGAAUACUUAUUGCGACCAUGUUUAAAGAUACUGAACAUUGUGCAAAAUAUUGUCAAUGGGCAGCUUCAGUUCGAAAAAAUUUGUAUCAGGAAAUGUGUGGAUAGAUGCACAUGUAAUGGCAGUGAAAUGUAGACUGACUGAAAGUGGAAAAACAGAGACAUACUGUUGAAAUUGCACUUAUUUUUCUUAGGAUAUCUCAGGCUGUUCAUUUGUUUUGUAUAAAGGAUGAAGGAUAAUGGUAGGUUAUUGUGCGAUGAUUUUAUUUGUCCGGCCCAUGUGAGAUCAAAUUGGACUGUAUGCGACACACAAACCACAAUAAGUUUGACACCCCUGUUCUAAAACAAUGCUACAUAUUUUAAAAGCUGAUUGCAUGCUUUAAAUGUUGUAAAUGUAAAAUCUGAAUAUGACAAGUAACUAGUAGCUGCCAGAUAAAUCCAAAGUACAGUAUUUACCUCUGAAAUGUAGUAAAGUGCGAGUAUUAACUAAACUAAAAUACAUGUCCCCCAGGAUUGUACUUAAGUAUAGUACUUGAGUAAAUGUACCUCAUCCCUUUCCAACACCAGUGUCAGCUCCAUUUAUCUAGGAAAAAAGUGAUUUAUCUCUGAUGUAUCUGAUGAGUGUGAUUAAAAAGUGUCAUCAUUUGCUCAGCUACAAGUUUAGUCUGACUUACUGCAUUAAAAAACACACAUUUGUGUCCUCAUUUUGUAUCAAUGAAUGAAUGAAUGAAUAGAUCAAUGAAUCAAUCAAUGAUUACCUAGUAGGUUU